CUGGAUUCUUCAGCAGCACAACACUUUGCUCUGGAACCUCCUGACUUUCACAUCUCGUUUAUUCCAUUCCGUUCCAUUUCGUUGUCCGUUUUGAAGCCUAGCGUGAAUUUCUUCUCUUAACCAUUUCAAGAUGUCUGGAUGCGGAAGCUCUGCUUGUUCAUGUGGCGCUGCCUGCAAGUGCAGUACUGGCAACAGCUGCUGUUCCUCGAGGUCCAUGGACACCUUCGAGAUCUCUGAGAUGAGAGGCUUUGAGGGCGCCAACGAGGGAUGCAAGUGCGGUGACAAGUGCUCAUGCAACCCUUGCAACUGCAAGUGAGACGGGAGAUUGAAGCUAUGGAAGUCAUGCUGAUCUACUUACAGCAACCCUGUAGGAAGUCUGAAAGUGGUGAUGAAGCCUCCUUCAUAUGAAAGUAGAAGGCUAAGAUCCUCUGUAAAUUGGAUGGCUUAAAUAAAGUAAUAUCUUCAGUGCGAAUUUGUCUGUUGAAGGUUGCUUAUAUCGUCUGCGCCCAAUUAUGCGCACUGCAGCUGUUUCAACCACAGUAAAUUGAGGGAAUAAAUGGGAGGUGAGGCAAUUUGUGGUCAACAACUUUUGUUUGUUUUCU